AAAAAUCGUGCGCCGCCAAUUCCUUUUCCAAUUUCCCAAGUUCCACUUCGACCGCUUUGGACCAUCCAAUUUAGAUUGCGUUUAAUAAAGUCAUUUCAAUGGUAAAUUUAUUCAUAAUUCCUGAAAUAAAAGGCAGGAUCGAGAAUGGGAUCUCAAUACCGUUGAUCAGUUAUUUGUACAGAACUAAAAUCUCAGACUGAGAGCGGAGGUCAGUGCCAAACUACAAAAGCCGGUGGGAUUGAUCAUGGAGGAUGGACGUGAUCGCCCCAUUCUGCUUCCGCCGCCCAAUUUCUCGAUGGUCGAGGACAACAUUUUUCGAUCCAGUUUUCCUCGACCUCCCCAUUUCCCCUUCCUUCAAACCCUAAAUCUUCGAUCUAUCAUAUACUUGUGUCCUGAACCAUAUCCGCAGGAAAAUGUGGAAUUUCUUCGGUCACAGGACAUUCGACUCUUUCAGUUUGGAAUCGAGGGAAAGACGGAGGUUUCAGUACCGAUUCUGAAGGAUACUGUCAUGGAUGCUCUGAAAGUCUUACUUGAUGUGAGAAAUCACCCUCUUUUAAUCCAUUGCAAACAAGGAAAGCAUCGAACAGGUUGCCUGGUGGGUUGCUUGAGAAAAUUGCAGAAGUGGUGUUUGUCUUCAGUGUUUGAGGAGUACAACAGAUUUGCUGGUGCCAAAUCGAGGAUGGCGGAUUUAAGAUUCAUAGAAUCGUUUGAUAUAUUAUGCCUGAGGCAUUGCCUUUACAGUAUUAUAUACCAGUACCAAGGAUAUAAUUCAACCAAGAGGCGGUUGUUGUAUAAAGAAGAGAAUUUACAGAAGCCCCAAAUGACAUCCGUAUAGAUGCUGCGGCAUUCGAUGCCUGGUUGGGUAGAAUUCAUCCUUGUUCAACACCAUGCACAUGCUUAGAAGUCACAUUAAAACACCUGGCCUUGCAGUUUUCUUUUGCCUCUCCCAGUGAAUCCAAUUUUACAGUGGCCCUUGCUUUCCAUCUUCCAAGAACUUUUCUUUUUAUUUUUUGGGUUAAUAUAAUAUUUGGUUCAUCGAGUUUCAAACUGCAUGUUU